AUGAGUGCCAAAAGCAUUGCACGAAGAUCAGGUGAUUUAGAAAAUACUUAUGACAGCUUACGUGUACUAAAUGUUGAAAGAAAUGGUAACAUUAUUUAUACUUACAAGGAUGAUAAGGGAAAUGUUGUCUUCGGACUUUAUGACUGCCAAACCAAACAAAAUGAGCAUCUCUAUAUCUUUGAGACAGACUUACAGGCUAUCAGUUGCUCUAUCAACAGUGAAAGAACUUUGCUUGCUACAAGUUUAGUUCAAUCUACUAAAGAAGGAAGAAGAAAUGAGCUUCAACCAGGAUCUAAGUGCUUAACUUUGUUAGUGGAAAUCCACCCCAUUAACAAUGUGAAGGUGCUAAAAGCAGUGGAUAGCUCUAUUUGGGUACAGUUCCUGUACCCCCAUGUUGAAAGUCACCCUCCUUCAGAGAACUAUCUGUUACUGAUUUCAGAGGAGAAAUAUAUUGAACAAUAUCAUAUCCAAGUCAUCCAAGAAGAUGGAAAUAAAGUGGUGAUUAAAAAUUCUGGCCAUCUCCCAAGACACAGAGUAGCUGAGGAUUUUGUUUGGGCUCAGUGGGAUGUGUUAGAGCAGCGACUAUACUACAUUAACCUGAAGAAAUCAGAGAGUAUCUUAAAAUGCAUCCAGUUUAAUGCUGAUGAGAACUUUACACUGAUGUUUGAAGCACCCUUGGACAUAUCAUUAAACAACUCAGGAUUUAAGCUUGUCAACUUUGGAUGUGAUUAUCUUCAAGACCAAGAGAAAUUAUCCAAACACCCAACUUUGUGUGUUUUUACCAAUAAUGCAGGAAGCUUGUGUGUAUGCUAUAGUCCGAAGUUUGACACUGGGGAUCAAAUCACAUACUCAGUGUUUUACUUUCAUAAAGGGUACAAGAAAACCUUCACCACUGCUCUUGGGAGUGCUGACUCACAUGUGACAAAUGACAUUACUUUUCUUAAUCUUGACUAUUAUGUGGCUGUGUACUUACCUGGGCAUUUCUUUCAUCUACUUAACAUUCAACAUCCAGACUUGAUUUGCCACAGUCUGUUUUUGACAGGAAAAAGUGACAUGAUUGAAAGGCUACCUCACAAUCCUCUGCAGUCACUAGCAGGGUCUCUGGUCCUGGAUUGGAACUCUGGGAAGCUCUGUCGAGCACAGCUCCACCGGUCACAUUUGUUAUUGUUCCUGUGGAAUACGCCCCUAGACUGGGAGAAGAUAGCUGCGUUGCACUGUGUGCUCUCCUGCGGCAGAGGUUCACAGCUCCAGGAAGACCAGCUUAUUCUGUGGAUUUCUGAGAACAUCUCUGCCUGCCAUUCAUUUGACCUUCUGCAGGAAUUUCUAAUUGCUUCUUCAUAUUGGAGUAUAUAUCCAGUGGCAAGUAAUGUUGCUAAACUUUUGCCAUAUUCCUCAGUGCUCACUUGGAAUACAGAAAUUCCUGGACUAACCCUUGUGACAGAAGAGAUUGCAUUGCCUUUUAUGAAGGUGCAUAGCUUUAAGGGCUACUGGGAAAAACUGAACUACAAUUUAGAGUAUGUUAAAUAUGCCAAGCCACCCUUCCAGUAUAACAACAGCAUGAUCAGGAACGAGUGGAACAGCCUCAUCUUGGAAGAGAGAAGAGGAAAAAGACGGUCCACAGUGUACAUGAGGAAUAUUCUCGAUAAUGCAAUGAAGGUGAUUUCUAACCUAGAAGCAAGGAAUUUGGAGCCGAGAUCAGUGCCCCUCUUCAAGGAAGAAGACAACCACCAGAGGCUGCUGGUAGGGCUGAUGGUGUAUGAGCUAAAAGAACACCUUUUAAGACACCUACAGGGUGUAGAAAAGAAGAAAAUUGAACAGAUGGUUCUGGAUUACAUUUCAAAACUGCUGGAUCUCAUUUGCUGCAUACUGGAAACCAGUUGGAGGAAACAUGAACUUCACAGCUGGGUCCUACAUUUUGAUGGCCGUGGCAGUGCUGCCGAAUUUGCAGUCUUUCACCUCAUGACCAAAAUUUUGGAAGCUACUAACAGUUUGUUUUUACCUCUGCCUCCUGGCUUUCACACUCUGCACUUGGUCCUUGGCGUCCACUGUCUCCCUUUGCAUAACCUGCUGCAGCACAUUGACAAUGGAGUACUGCUGCUCACAGAAACAGCUGUCACAAGGCUCAUGAAAGAUUUGGACAAUACAGAGAGGAAUGAAAAACUAAAAUUUAGCAUCAUUGUGCGGAUUCCUCUGUUAAUUGGUCAGAAGAUUAGUCGACUUUGGGAUCAUCCCAUGAGUUCCAGCAUUAUUGCACGGAACCACGUGAAGCAGUUGCUUCAGAACUAUAAGAAACAACCUCGAAAUUCUAUGAUUGACAAGUCAUCAUUCAGUGUAGAAUUUCUGCCUCUGAACUACUUUAUUGACAUGCUGACAUAUAUAGAGACCUCCAGCCAAGCUUCUGAAGGACACGACAACGUGGAUGCUAAGUUUGUAGGGGAAACAGCUCUGAAACACACCACAAUGCUCUUAGGACUAUAA